UGAAGGGUCUUCCUGUUGGAUUGUAAAAUGGCGCAUUGUUGUCACAACCGCGGCACGUCUGUUUUAUAGAGAUUAUUAACUGUUUGGAAAAUGCUGCAACAUAUGCACUUAAGAAUGUGACUUGUCCAUAUGUCCGAACUAGACUGAAUGUAGAGCGUCAUUCAUUCGCGUGCAUGCUUCGUCUUUGAUAUAGCUUUGCGGGUCAUCUUUGGUUUGUUAGCAUUUGUUAGCUAACAUCAGUAGCCUCUGCAGCUUUCCUUCAGAACAGCAACACAAACUGAGCCAAGAUGGGCUAUCUAAAACUUAUAGAGAUCGAAAACUUCAAGUCCUAUAAAGGAAGGCAGAUAAUUGGGCCAUUUCACAAGUUUACGGCAAUCAUCGGACCAAAUGGAUCUGGAAAGUCCAACCUUAUGGAUGCCAUCAGCUUCGUAUUGGCAGAGAAGACCAGUAACCUACGUGUGAAGACCCUGAAGGAUCUGAUCCAUGGAGCUCCCGUGGGAAAGCCAGCUGCCAACAGAGCCUUUGUCAGUAUGGUGUACCAGGAAGAUAACGGAGAGGAGCGCUCCUUCACAAGAGUCAUCAUUGGUGCCUCCUCAGAGUACCGCAUCAACAACAAGGUCGUGAGUCUGCCUGAAUACAGUGAAGAGCUGGAAAAACUUGGAAUUCUGAUCAAGGCCAGGAACUUCCUGGUCUUCCAGGGAGCAGUAGAGUCUAUUGCCAUGAAAAACCCCAAAGAGCGUACCGCUCUGUUUGAGGAAAUCUCUCGUUCUGGUGAGCUGGCCCAGGAGUACGACCGCAGGAAAAAGGAGAUGGUGAAAGCAGAAGAAGACACACAGUUUAAUUACCAUCGCAAGAAAAACAUUGCUGCUGAGCGCAAAGAAGCUAAACAAGAGAAAGAGGAGGCUGAACGUUACCAGCGUCUGAAAGAUGAAGUGGCCAGAGCAAGCGUUCAGUUGCAGCUUUUCAAGCUCUACCACAAUGAGACUGAGAUUGAGAAACUGAACAAAGAGCUUGGUCAGCGUAAUAAGGAGAUUGACAAGGACCGUAAGAAGAUGGAUCUUGUGGAGGAGGAGCUGAAGGACAAGAAGAAGGAGCUGGGCAGGCUGAUGAGGGAGCAGCAGACCAUUGAGAAAGAAAUCAAAGAGAAAGACUCUGAGCUGAACCAAAAGAGGCCACAGUACAUCAAGGCCAAAGAGAACACCUCACACAAGAUCAAGAAACUGGAGGCAGCACGAAAAUCACUGCAAAACGCCCAGAAGAUGUACAAGAAACGCAAAGCGGACAUGGACGAGCUUGAUAAAGAGAUGAGAGCGGUGGAGCUGGCGAAGCAAGAGUUUGAGGAGCGCAUGGAGGAGGAGGCACAGAGUCAGGGGCAGGAUCUGACUCUGGAGGAAAACCAGGUGAAGCAGUACCACCGUCUGAAAGAAGAAGCCAGUAAACGUGCUGCCACGUUGGCACAGGAGCUUGAGAAGUUCAACCGCGACCAGAAGGCUGAUCAGGACCGCCUCGACUUGGAGGAGAGGAAGAAAGUCGAGACAGAGGCGAAAAUUAAGCAGAAGAUCAGAGAAAUUGAGGAAAACCAGAAGCGUAUUGAGAAAUUAGAGGAUUACAUCACCACCAGCAGGCAGUCACUCGAUGAGCAGAAGCGUAUGGAGGAGGAGCUGACCGAGGAGGUGGAGAUGGCCAAGAGGAGGAUUGAUGAGAUCAACAUGGAGCUUAACCAGGUGAUGGAGCAGCUGGGAGACGCCAGAAUCGACAGGCAGGAGAACAGCCGCCAGCAGCGCAAGGCAGAAAUAAUGGAGAGUAUCAAAAGACUCUACCCUGGCUCUGUGUAUGGCCGGCUGAUUGACCUGUGCCAGCCCACUCAGAAGAAGUAUCAGAUUGCUGUGACUAAAGUGUUGGGCAAAAACAUGGACGCCAUCAUUGUCGACUCAGAGAAGACUGGGAGAGACUGUAUUCAGUAUAUCAAGGAGCAGAGAGGAGAGCCUGAGACCUUCCUUCCUCUUGACUACCUUGAGGUCAAACCAACAGAUGAGAAACUGAGAGAGCUGAGAGGAGCCAAACUGGUGAUUGAUGUGAUCCGCUAUGAGCCCCCUCAUAUCAAGAAAGCCCUCCAGUAUGCUUGUGGCAAUGCUUUGGUGUGUGAGAAUGUGGAGGAUGCCCGAAGGAUUGCCUUUGGAGGACCAUACAGACACAAGACGGUGGCCCUGGAUGGCACUCUGUUCCAGAAAUCUGGAGUCAUUUCCGGAGGAGCGAGCGACCUUAAAGCCAAGGCUCGGCGCUGGGAUGAGAAGGCCGUAGACAAACUCAAAGAGAAGAAAGAAAAACUCACAGAAGAGCUCAAGGAGCAAAUGAAAGCCAAGAGGAAGGAGGCAGAGCUCCGUCAGGUGCAGUCUCAGGCCCACGGUCUGCAGAUGAGACUGAAGUACUCUCAGAGUGAUCUGGAACAGACAAAAACCCGUCACCUCUCCCUCAACAUGCAGGAAAAGUCUAAGCUCGAGAGUGAACUUGCAAACUUUGGCCCUCGCAUUAAUGACAUCAAGAGGAUCAUCCAGUCCCGUGAGAGGGAGAUCACUGACCUGCGGGACCGCAUGAACCUGGUGGAGGAUGAAGUGUUUGUGGAGUUCUGUAAGGAGAUUGGAGUGAGGAACAUCAGAGAGUUCGAGGAGGAGAAGGUGAAGAGGCAGAAUGAGAUUGCAAAGAAGCGCCUUGAGUUUGAGACCCAGAAGACCCGUUUGGGUAUCCAGGUAGACUAUGAAAAGAAUCAGCUGAAGGAGGACCAGGAGAAAGUCAUGAUGUGGGAGCAGACGGUCAAGAAAGACGAGAAUGAAAUUGAGCGGCUUAAGAAGGAGGAGCACAGACACAUGAAAAUUAUUGAUGAGACAAUGGCACAACUGCAGGACCUGAAGAACCAGCACCUCACCAAGAAAUCUGAAGUCAAUGACAAGAACCAUGAGAUGGAAGAGAUCCGCAAAAAAUUGGGUGGUGCCAACAAGGAGUUGACUCAGCUCCAGAAGGAGGUGACAGCUAUCGAGACAAAACUUGAGCAGAAGCGCAGCGACCGUCACAACCUGCUGCAAGCCUGUAAAAUGCAGGACAUCAGGCUGCCUCUCCGUUCUGGAACAAUGGAUGAUAUCAGCCAGGGAGAGGGGAGCUCUCAGACAGAUGAGUCAAGUAGCCAAAGGACGUCCAGCAGUGUUCUCGCUAAAGAGGCUCUGAUAGAGAUUGACUACAGCAACCUGUCAGAAGACCUUAAGGAUGCGCUGUCUGAAGAGGAGAUCAAGGCGGAGACAAACACUCUACAGCAGCGUCUGAACGAGCAGCAAAGUAUCCUGCAAAGGAUCAGCGCUCCAAACAUGAAGGCCAUGGAGAAACUGGAGAGUGUCAGAGACAAGUUCCAGGAAACUAGUGAUGAGUUUGAGGCUGCUCGCAAGAGAGCAAAGAAGGCCAAGCAAGCCUUUGAGCAGAUCAAGAAGGAACGUUUUGACCGUUUCAAUACCUGCUUUGAGUCUGUUGCAACGAACAUUGAUGAAAUCUAUAAGGCUCUGUCACGCAACAGCAGUGCGCAGGCAUUCCUGGGGCCAGAGAACCCUGAGGAGCCGUACCUGGACGGCAUCAAUUAUAACUGUGUAGCUCCAGGAAAGAGGUUCAGACCCAUGGACAACCUGUCUGGAGGAGAGAAGACUGUUGCUGCCCUCGCUCUGCUCUUUGCCAUUCACAGCUACAAACCCGCCCCGUUCUUUGUCCUGGAUGAGAUCGACGCUGCCCUGGACAACACUAACAUCGGCAAGGUCGCAAAUUACAUCAAAGACCAGUCAGUGCAGAACUUCCAGGCCAUUGUCAUUUCUCUGAAGGAGGAAUUCUACACCAAGGCAGACUCACUGAUCGGUGUUUAUCCUGAGCAAGGAGACUGUGUCAUCAGCAAAGUGCUGACCUUUGACCUCUCUCAGUAUCCUGAUGCGAACCCAAAUCCCAACGAAUAGGAGCAGCACUCCACCGACAGUUUAGCAAGUGGGACGGUUCUGUAGUCAAAGAUCAUGAAUGCAUUAGGCCUCACGUGUUAUUUCCUAUUGUUUUUAAGUUCAUGUAUUAUUUUGAUAUGGUAGAGUAGCAAAUUAGUGAGUUUUUUAGUUGGGGGGGUUGCUCUUUAUAGACAGCGACAACCAGGAUGUAUGUACAUUUAUAUCAGCCUGCCCUUUCUUAAUCUGACUGUACAAAAGUGACUAAAAUCAAGUGACAAUGGAGGGAAUCCAUCCUUUUUAACCGACUUGAGAAUUUCUAAUGUGUCCAAUUUACCCAAGAUAAGUUUUUGUACUGUUUAUGGCCCUCUUCUCAGUGGUGUGCUCUAAUGCCUUUAAUUACCCGUCUUCUCUUGUGUGUACUCGAACAUGUAUUCGAAUUUUCUUGUGCUCCUUUUUUUAAUCUGGAAACUGUUGUUACAGUAUGGUGGACACAUUCCUGUGUGAUAAAUUAACCCCUGUCCACUGCAGCAGGCAGCGCUAUGAGAUCAUAGACAUUCACCACCAAAUCAUGUCAGUAAUUAUUCUAAGGUUAUACAGCUGUAAAAACAUCAAGUCUCUUUCUGAAUCAGCUUUAGGCAAAUUGAAAAUUUAAUUUGGACUUGUCUGUCUGGUCAGUUUUAUUGAUUGCCAUGCUCCAAUAAAUAAAAAAACAAAACAUUAAA